CAUGAAUCAUCACCCGUUGAUGAACUUAUUGGGUACGCAGCGUCCGGCGUGUGCACUCGAAUACAAAUCCCUCUGCCCGUCACUCCACCCUCUUCCUAACUAGCUAACCUCCGCCCUCUUCCUUCACCGCACUUGCCUUGCUGCGGCCUCGCCUGCGGCCGCAUUGCGGCGUGUGUAUGCACCCACUGAUUGAUAGCUAUGUCUGCGCUGACGAGGUGAAAAAAGCGACUCAUCCGUGCGUGAAUCAAAACCUGCGCUCACGCCACCGUGCCCCAGCACAACCACAACCACCAACCACAACCGCAACCACCACAACUACCACAACUACGAUCGCCACGUAAGUAAGUCACUCCCCAUUUGCAGUGCACCACCACGAGAGGAAAAAGACGACGGGAACAAGAAGACAUACAUAUAUAUACAUAAACCGACAGACACGCCCCGACCGACGAUGUGUGUAUAAAAGAGCUAGCUACGUGGGCCGGAUAUGCAUCAGCUCCGCCCAUAAAGUUCGUCCGCCACACCCAGCAGGUGUUGUGCAGGCGUCAAAACCGCCCCUUGGCGAGCGAGCCAGCCAGCCAGAGUCCAUCGACAGCGUCGCCCCACGCUGAACACCUGCAUAAACGAAUCGGGCCUGCCUCGCCCGCGCUCCAUGAACGGCCUCGCCCCCGGCCCACUUGAAAGACACGCAUACGCUCUCACACGACUCAGGCAGGCACGCGCACACACGCGUGCACGCAUACACACAAACAUGCACACAUGGAUGGAUGGAUCUGGAUGUGCCAAUCCAUCAGUGGUCGUGGCCUUCGUGACCGUGACCCUCGUGACCCCCAUGCGCAUGCGUCAUACCCUCCAACACACCAAUCGCCGCCAUGAUACCUGCAGACAGACAGACAGACAGAAAGGAACGCGCAUGCACCUCUCCUCUCUCUCUCUCUCUCUCUCUGCUGAGAUCGCGUGGCUCACUCACUGACCGAGUGCGACGGCCAUCAUCAAGGCAGUGACCAGGCUCACCGGGAACCACCCCAGCACCGGCGGCUGCCCGUCAGGUCCCUUGUGGGUCAUCUCCACGAAGAGCUUGAGUGCGAUGGGCGUCAGCAGCAGCAGUGCGAUGGCCAGCCACGCACCGGUUGUGAACGCCAGGCAGUAGCGCGCGAAUUCCUCGACCACUUCGUCAAGCAGGGUGGAGAUACCGAGGCCGAUUGCGAUGCCGACGAAGGAUGUGAGGGAGGAAACGAUGUUGAUGCCGAUGACCAGGCAGUUGGUGAGGCCGCUCAGACGCAGCACGGCGUAGUCACUCAGCUCCUGCACGCUCGCAUACAUCCAUGAGUCGUAGAGCUGGUCCGCACCUGUGCGAUGGACGGACGUGUCGCGUGGACGUAACGUACCUGCGGGAUCUCGUGAGCCAGAAUGGCGAUGGAAGUCACCAGGCCGACAAACCAGCCCACGUACCAGGCGACACCUAGAUAAGAUGUAAGUCAAUGACACACACAGAUCCAUCGUGCCUCCAUCCUCCAUCCUCCAUCCCUCCCUCCCUCCCUCCCAGCCUCCCCGACUGACCGAUAGAGAGGCCAUCGACAAAAUUGCAGACCAGGUCGCCGGCCAAGGCCGCCCACCCAAACGACUCCACCGACCGCCAGUCAAACUUCUCCUUCUCACCUUGCUCUACUAUUUUCCCCUCCUCCAUCUUUCCCUCCUUUGAGGGCGUGGUGUCGGCAUCGUCAGCAACCGUGGCGGACGUGCGCGCUGCAGGGAUGGCCAUCCCUGGGUGAUGCGUAUGCUUGUGGCCGCGGUGGAGGCUAUUCAUCAGCUGGGAGAAGAGCACACACGCAAGGCUGCCGGCGAAGGCCGUAAUGCCCAGCUUGGCGACGGUGUCGUGCGAGGCGCCCUCGAUGGCAUGGGGGUAUAUGUGCAUCAUGGAAUCGCUCUGGGAGACACGCCCAGCGCACACACGGAGACCACACAUGUACGUGCACUUUGCACCAAAGCUGCGUUCUUGCGUGUGUGUAAUGUGCGUGUGGGUGACUGACCACCAUGACAGAGAUGGAGAGGAUAACAAGGGCGUACUGGAGAAUCUUGCCGGCCACGCCCUUGCCCAGGCACUGCAGGAGGCACAUGCCUAUCAGGCUGUUGACCGUCAGGAUAAUGCCUGCAAACCAACACACAUGCAGGUGCCUUGAGAUCACCACCCACACCCGAUACUUGAGACAGAUCUCCCUCGCCCCACUGUACCUGCGAUGAUACCGGCCAGCCAUCUAUAUUCGAUAGGGAAAGUCUCCCACUCAGCUGCCAGCUCAGCGUCCGCCUCCGCUUGGGAGACACCGGCCAUUCCGCUCUCUGCCGAGUGAUCAUGGUCAUGGUGGUCGUCAUGGUGGUCAUGGUCGUCGUGCGGAUCGGAGACACCAGCCCCUCCUCCCGCCUCUGAGUGCGCCGCGUGAUCAUGAUCAUCGUGGUCAGCGUGGUCAGCGUGAUCAUGCCCGCUGUGGUCAUCCUCCCCUGUGACACUCACUGUCGGAAAGGAGAAAACCUCCGAGGAGGCAUCUUCUUGUGCCGAGAGCUGCCAGGGCAAAAAGACGACCGCAACGAGAGAUACGACGAGCAGCGUGCGGGAUGCCAUGAUUGUGAAGGGGGACGGGAUCUGCUGGAGAGAGGAAGAUCCUGAGAGAGGAUCCUUUGG